CCAGCGCGAAACUCACUUGAGUUUUGUAUGGUGUCCCCUGGCUGCCUUCUUCAUUUUCUGUUUGGCAGUGAACACUCGCGGCAAAGAUGUUCUUCCUGGACUGGUUCUACGGCGUGCUCGGCUUCCUUGGUCUUCACCACAAGAAUGCCAAGAUCCUGUUCUUGGGCUUGGACAAUGCCGGCAAAACCACCUUGUUACACAUGCUCAAGGACGAUCGUGUCGCAGUGCACGAGCCGACUUUGCAUCCCAACUCGGAAGAAUUGAUCAUUGGCAAGCUGCGUCUUCGCACGUUCGACUUGGGCGGGCACGAAACCGCGCGUAAGUUGUGGCGCGACUACUUUGCCACCGUCGACGGCGUCGUGUUCUUGGUCGAUGCGUUGGACCGUGACCGUUUCCCCGAAUCCAAGCGCGAAUUGGACACGUUGCUCGGGUGCGACGAACUCGCAAGCGUGCCGUUCCUUGUGUUGGGGAACAAGAUUGAUAUCCCCCGCGCGGCGUCCGAGGACGAGCUGCGCGCCGCGUUGGGUUUGUACGAAACCUACGGCAAGGAAACCCGCGGAAACCGCGAUGCCAACAUCCGUCCCAUCGAAUUGUACAUGUGCUCCGUGGUGCGGCGAAUGGGGUACGCAGAUGGCUUCCGUUGGAUGUCCGACUUCCUAUAAACUGUACACACCACGCCACGAAUCCACCUGCGGUCGGUCGCCUCUGCUGAGUGUGCUACACGACGACGGACCCGAAGGCCACCGGAUGGAUUGGGCGCUCGUUAGUGUGCAUAAUUUUCCUAACAACGAUGCAUGCAGGUUCC